GCCUUUACGACGCGUCGCGGAGCAGCGACAGCUGGAGACACGUGGACGGCGGGGCGGGGUGUUUCGCCGUGUGAUAACGCGCGCGAUGAAACACAAACAAGCGUCGAAGAGCUGCAGACGCGUGUUUCAUUCAUUAACACUAGUGCACGAUCUAUCGAGUCGCUUAGAAUAGGAUCGUCGCGCGCUGCGAAGGUCCUACUCGGCAUGCAGUCGCCGCUGGGGUCCAGCGGAGAAUGAAUCUUGAUGCUCGCUGACGGCUCGGCGGAUGAACAAGGAGUCCUGAAACCACCGGCACCGAGGAAUUUAUCUGUAACGAUGUUCCCUCGCACGCGUCGAACCUAACCUAGCCUAACCUACAAGCGUGGAAAAUGGAGCAGAUUUCUGCCGAGUCCACGCCGAGCGACGUGGUUUCCAGCCAGAUAUCGUUACCGGCCACUCACAAUCCCGGAUGGAACGAUCCACCGGAGUGGGCGUUGUCCUCGUCGCACAAUUCGUCCGGGACGUCCACCAGGAGGCUCCUGAACAAGCGAGUGGCGUUUCCGUUGUCCGCGCAAACGUCCCCUCCGGGGAAGAAUGCCGCUCCGCCACCUUCGCCGAGCAUGCCUCCCAUUUUACAGUCCGCUGUGGUGCCUGCGAUAACCUCGGCUCCCCAUAAACCUCUCCUCGCUCCUACCGACAAAGACUGCACGGCAGUGAUACCGGAGUCUGACGACAAUUUUGACAGGGAUCAAGCUUUGACAGAGCUCUUGGCCAAUUUAGAAUCUGUGCUGACGGAGCAAAAGGUGGAAGAGAACAAAGUGAAGGAAAUACGAAAGCGAUUAGACACUAUGAAGUCCAGUUGGCUCGAAAAUAAACUGAACCAUACAGUACAGAGAAACAUCUGGGAUAUAUCGAAGGCUGUGCGCACGUAAUUUUCAGCGCUGCUAAGGAAAGAUGUCAAGGAAGCCGACAAGCUCCACGUUAUUCUUAUGACGCAGCAUGCAACCGUUUGUCGCACUUGGAUGCCAGCCAUCAGGAAUAUAAUUUUUGAACUGAGAAAAGAAUCUGAGAAACCCGAUGUCCCGCAACCAGAGCAGUCGCCUCUGUUAUUCGUCGACUCGAAGAAACAUUGAGUUUAUCGCCCAAAAAAUAUAGAAGACUAAAACAGUUAAAACGUUUACGGCGUACUUUACAUGCGGCCGCGCGCGAUCGACUGCAGUUCAUUACGAGGAAUAUUAAUUGCGCGAAUAAACAUGAGAGGUGUUGUAUUCAUAAAAGUUUUUUGUAUUUUUCAUUUCUCUCUUAUGUAUAUUCACAAAAGACAAUUACAUCUGGUCUUACCACA